AUGGGAAUCGAGGACGACGUAAAAAAAUUGGCGGAACUAAUUACCAAGCGUAGUUCUAUUAAGGGACAAAUAACCAAGUUUAAAAAUUAUGUUGAUAGAUUCGAUAAGUUGGAAACGCUUACUACGACGGAAAGGGCCGAACUUACUCUUAAGCUUAGUAGAUUUGAAGCGUUAUCUUCUAAAUUUGAUGAUUUACAAAGCAACAUUGAGGUUAUUAAUUAUAAUAAGUUAGACGAGGAGCUCGCAGAACGAGAAAUCAUUGAGAGGGCCUUUAUUAGCAAUAUUGUGGCGGCUCAAACACUGUUGCAGGUGCAGAGUCACGUUGACAGUGACCACGAAUCUAGUAACUAUCAUAAUGUAAGCCAUUGUGGGCUCGACCAUAAUGAAACCGGUAUUAGGCUUCCGUUAAUUAACAUUGCUAAGUUUGAUGGUUCGCAUCUUAAGUGGAUGGAAUUUCGAGAUACAUUUAAAUCUCUAGUUCAUGAAAAUAGUCGAAUUAGCCCCGUGAAUAAGUUUCAUUAUUUACUGUCAUAUUUAGAGGGGGAACCAGCUCGUACUGUUGCGAAUCUCGAAGUUUCUUCCAAUAAUUAUGCGGAGGCUUGGAGCCUGCUAUCACAGCGUUAUGACAACAAACGUUUAUUAAUAGAUCAUCACCUCAGUUCGCUUUUUAAUAUUACCGCUCUACAAAAAGAAUCUGAAAAGUCGCUGCGCUUCCUAGUCGAUCACGUGACUAAGAAUUUGCGUGCACUGUCCAAUCUAGGACAGGCAACUGAGCAUUGGGACGUUAUUGUCAUACAUUUGGUUUCAUCUAAGCUAGAUAGUAACACAUUCAUGAGAUGGGAGGAACACCGUAAUACGAUGUCAACUGAUACACCCACGUUUAAAGAUUUUCACAAGUUUCUGAACGAUCGUGCAUCCAUUCUAGAAUCAGUACACCGCAGUAGGGCUGAGAGCUCUUCUAAAUCUCAUGGUCAGCAGCGAGCCGCGACUACUACUAAUGCUAAACCGGAACGUUCACACUUGAAGUUAUAUGCGUGCACUAGUAACAGCAACACUAAUAGUAAUCAACAACAAAGACAGUCUCCUUCUAAUUUAUGUGCUUGUUGUAAUUCCACUGAGCAUAAGAUAUUUGAUUGUCCAUCAUUUAAGGCGAUGAGCGUUAGUGAUCGUAUAACCAAGACGACUAAAUUGAAACUAUGUAAGAAUUGUUUGAAGCCUGGUCAUUUUUCUCGUCAAUGUCGCUUCGGUCCUUGCCGAGAGUGUAAAAAAAGGCACAACUCACUCCUGCACCUUACUACAAAUAUCGAAGGCAAUACAACUAGUGCUGUAAGCAAUAUUAGCCCCGUCGACACACUAGCUAACUUUUGUAAUGAGAAUAUUAGUCAAGUCCUACUGUCGACGGCUCUGAUUGAGGCUGUCAAUCCAAGGACGCGUAAAUCGGUAGCCGUGCGUGCCUUAUUAGAUUGUGGUAGCCAAACCUCAUUUUUAACUUUAAAUUUGAAAGGAAAAUUGUCUCUAGAUGUCACUCCUUUAAGCUCUACGAAUGUCAUUGGCUUUGGUAAUAAUUAUUCAGGAACUAUCACAGAAUGUUGUGCUGUUCAAAUUAAAUCAUUUAAUACGUCUUUUAAUGUUACAUCCAACUUUUAUGUCAUGAACCAACUUACUAGUUCGCUACCUAAUUCUAGUUUUGAUAUUAGUUCACUUAAAAUUCCUAGCAAUAUUAUCCUAGCGGAUCCCAAGUUCUAUGAACCGUCUCAAGUUGAUAUGCUCAUCGGUUCGGAUCUGUUUUGGGACAUAAUCGGCUCUGAGCAACAGUCAUUGGGCCCAGGGUGUCCUAGAUUACACAGUUCAAGGUUGGGCUGGCUUAUUGGUGGUCCUGUGCCUUUGUAUAGCAAGGAAACUAAUAAUAAUGUAAAGUGUAAUACUGUUUUUACUAAUUUUGCACAAGGUGAUGAUGAUCCUUAUAUUAAAAUGAGUAGGUUUUGGGAAAUAGAGGAGAUUCCUUCUAAAGUUCAUUUAAAUGACAGCGAGCAGGCAUGUGAAAGGCAUUUCGUGCAACACACCCGUCGCUUGUCCAAUGGUAGAUUCUGUGUGAGACUUCCUUUGUUUAAAUCACCCGACUGUCUUGGUGAUUCACAUACCAUGGCCAAGAAAAGAUUUUAUAAUUUAGAGAAGCGCUUUAAGAGACAGCCUGAGGUCAAAUCUCAGUAUAUAGCGUUUAUCCGGGAAUACGCAGAAUUGGGUCAUCUCUCGGAAGUAACACUCGAUAGUCCUACAUUGAAUUUAUGUUACUACUUGCCUCAUCAUCCGGUGUUCAAAGAGAACAGUGAGUCAACCAAAAUAAGGGUGGUGUUUGACGCAUCUGCUCGCACCUCUUCCGGCGUAUCUGUCAAUGACAUACAGAUGGUUGGGCCUCAAAUUCAAGACUCUUUGUUUUCCAUAUUAGUUCGGGCUCGCCUGUACAAGUACAUCCUGACCGCGGAUAUAGAAAAGAUGUACCGGCAAGUUGUGAUAGAUGAGUCUGAUCGCAAUUUACAACUUAUCUUAUGGAGAGAAGAUGAGCGUGAGCCUCUCAAAACACUGAGACUUAAUACUAUUACUUACGGUUUCGCAAGUGCUAGCUAUUUGAGCACGAGUUGUCUUUGGCAGCUGGGGGAGGAGUGCGAGGAUCCACUCACGAAAACUAUUUUACAACAUGACCUUUACGUGGAUGAUCUAAUUACUGGCUGCAAUGACGAAUAUGAAUUGAAAUGCAUUCAACAAUCUGUCUCGGAGGCCUUAAAGGCAGGAUGCUUUAAUUUACGCAAAUAUAAAUCGAACUCUCUUUUAGUUCUGCAGUCCUGUUCUUCAAGCUCUUCUGAUAAACUGGUUUUAAGUGAGUCUGCCAGCGCUCUCGGUUUAGGGUGGGACUCAGCAACAGAUUGCUUAUUUUAUUCUUUUGACAUGCCUCCUAGUACUCAGAAAAUAACUAAGCGAUUUAUAUUAUCGACAUCUUUUAAAAUCUUUGACCCACUAGGUUUUGUGUCCCCCUGUAUAAUUAUCCCUAAAUUAAUUAUGCAGCAGUUAUGGCUAGAUAAAGUUGAUUGGGAUGACGAAAUUUCAAAUGAUAUGCAAAGGGCUUGGCUUAAAUUUUAUAAUACUCUAAAUAUUUUAUUUGCAAUCUCUAUACCUAGGAAGGUUUUAUGCGACUUACCAGUUAUAAUAGAAUUACAUUCCUUCAGCGACGCCUCGCAGAGAGCGUACGGCGCGUGCAUUUUUAUUAAGUCUGUAGAUGCAGCAAACAACGUAAGUGUUAAUCUUUUAUGUUCUAAAUCGAAAGUUGCACCUGUGAAGGCCUGCACUAUACCUCGCUUAGAACUAUGCGCCGCUGUGCUAGCGGCUCGUCUAUGUAAGGUAGUCGUUGACUCGUUGAGGUUUCCUAUAGAACGCAGGAUUCACUGGUGUGACUCUAGCGUCGUCCUUGCUUGGCUGCACACUAGCUCUAGAAAACUUAAAACAUUUGUGGCCAACAGAGUCGCAGAGGUGCUGGAGUUAACCGAUGUUGGGUGUUGGCGCUAUGUUCCUACUUUUCAGAAUCCGGCUGAUCUCAUUUCCCGCGGGGCGUAUCCUGAAGAACUUAGGAAUAAUAAUUUGUGGUGGUCUGGUCCGGAGUUUUUAUUGCAAGACGAAUCAUCUUGGCCUACCUUGUCCAAAAAUCUUCAACAAGACUUAAAUGGUCUAGAGUUAAGAGCAAAUGUUGCUAAUCUAGAUAAUAGCAUUUCAUCGCACAACAGGAAUCAUUUCCUGUCGAAUACGGCUUAUUGGCUCAAAAUAGGACAAUCAGUUCUCGGUCUAGCAUUAUAG